AUGCAGGGUAGUGGUGGUGGUGCUGGUGGUGGCAUUGGAAGAGGUGCUGGUGGAGGAGCAAGUGGUGGUGCAGGAGGUGGGGCUGGUGGUGGAGUUGGGGGUGGAGCAGGCAGGAAAGUAGGAGGAGGGGCUGCUGGAGGCAUUGGUGGUGGUGCCGGAGGUGGAGCAGGUGGAGGUGCGGGAAUAGGGGCUGGAGGAGGUCUUGGCGGAUGUGCUGGAGGUGGGGCCGGUGGUGGAGUAGGGGGUGGACCAGGCUGCUGGGCUGAUGGGAGGCUGCGUUGCGUUGCUGCUGGGUUGUGUUGUUGUGUUGCGUUGUUACUGUUUCCUCCAUCUAUAGAUUCAAGUCUUUAUCUGCCUAUUGCUCUUAGAAAAGAUUUAAUAUCUGUUCCUAAGCACCUAUCUGAGAUUUGGAACAUCCUGGUUGGUGGGCUUCUAUGGAGGAACGUGCUGACACAUAAGAGUGGAUUACCCAAAUACUUUCUUCCCUAUGGCCGAGCUUCCUUAGCUAUGCAGUAUGUAUAA